AUGCACUCCAUAGCCAAGAGCAUUGAGGAGAUAGGAAGAGUGUUCAUCUGGAAUAAAGCGCUUUCUUACAGCGGCAUUGCAACAAAUAGAACAUCUGUUCUGUGGAAUGGACUAUUCUCGUAUGCCACCAGCAAGGGCUUCUCCCCCUUCAAAAGCGGACUUGUUUCCGGGUGCCUCGCCGGAGACUACAGCCGAAAGCUUGCAGGCAGGACUCUCCGGGGCGGACUUUCUGGGAUUGGCGUUGCGCUCACAAACCGAGCAACACAGCUUGCAUCAAGCAGACUCAGCGCAUUCAGCGCAUUCCGAGGCCCGUGA